GAACUAGAUCCUCAAAACCCUUUUCACUGAACUUGAAAAAGAACUCAAAUGUCAUUAACCCCACCAUUUUUUGUAUUCCUCUUUCUCUUAGCACCGUUGGUAGUUCUAGCUCAAUCUCCAACACCUCCUACAACUCCUUCUUCUUCUUCUUCUUCUGCUGCUGCCUGCAAAGGCACAUUGUACCCAAAACUAUGCCGUUCCAUACUCUCAGCCAUACGUUCCUCACCUUCAGACCCAUAUGGGUAUGGCAAGUUUUCCAUAAAACAAAGCCUCAAACAGGCGAAAAAACUAGCCAAGGUGUUUGAGGACUUUCUCCAACGCCACCAAUCUUCAUCUUUGAACCAUGAAGAGAUUGGUGCACUUGGUGACUGCAGAGACCUCAACCAACUCAACGUGGACUACUUAGUGUCCAUCUCUGAGGAACUCAAAUCGGUGAGUUCCUCAGACCCGGAGCUGGUUGAGAAAAUUGAGAGCUAUCUCAGUGCUGUGGCCACCAACCACUACACUUGCUAUGAUGGGUUGGUUGUGACCAAAAGCAACAUUGCUAAUGCUCUUGCAGUGCCACUCAAGGGUGUCACACAACUGUACAGUGUCUCACUUGGGUUGGUCACUCAAGCUCUUGAUAGAAACCUCAAACGGAACAAGACCCGCAAACAUGGCCUCCCCACAAGGAAAUUUAAGGUCAGACAACCGCUUGAGAAGCUUAUCAAGUUUCUUCGCACAAAGUAUAGAUGCACUAAAACUUCCAACUGUACUAGAACUGAAAGGAUUCUUAAAGAAAGCGAAAACCAAGGAAUUCUAUUAUAUGACUUUGUGAUUGUGAGCCCUUAUGGGAUAGACAACUACACUUCCAUUGGAGACGCCAUAGCUGCUGCACCCAAUAACACAAAGCCAGAAGAUGGCUAUUUCCUUAUCUAUGUUAGGGAAGGAUACUAUAAAGAAUAUGUAAUUGUUCCCAAGGAAAAGAAGAGUAUAUUGCUAGUUGGAGAUGGUAUUAACAAGACUGUCAUCACUGGGAACCAUAGUGUCAUUGAUGGUUGGACAACUUUCAAUUCUUCCACCUUUGCUGUUGCUGGAGAAAGAUUUAUAGCGGUGGAUGUUACAUUUAGGAACACAGCUGGUCCUUCAAAGCACCAAGCAGUAGCGGUAAGGAACAAUGCUGACCUCUCCACAUUCUAUAGGUGCAGCUUUGAAGGAUAUCAAGACACACUCUAUGCUCACUCUUUGAGGCAAUUCUAUAGAGAAUGUGAUAUCUAUGGCACAGUGGACUUCAUUUUUGGCAAUGCCGCAGUUGUCUUCCAAAAUUGUAACAUCUAUGCCAGAAAACCAUUGCCAAACCAAAAGAAUGCAGUCACAGCACAAGGAAGAACUGAUCCCAAUCAAAACACUGGCAUUUCAAUCCAAAAUUGCACCAUUGAUGCUACACCAGACUUGGCAGCAGACUUGAAUUCCACGGCGAGUUACUUAGGCAGGCCAUGGAAGGAGUAUUCAAGGACAGUCUAUAUGCAGUCAUAUAUUGGAGAUCUAAUUCAUCCUGCUGGAUGGUUAGAGUGGAAUGGCACUGUUGGAUUAGACACCCUCUUUUAUGGUGAGUACAACAACUAUGGUCCUGGUUCUAACACUAGCAAUAGAGUACAAUGGCCUGGUUACUUUCUUUUGAAUGCCACUCAAGCUUGGAACUUCACAGUCCUUAACUUUACAUUGGGAAACACAUGGCUUCCUGAUACAGAUAUACCCUAUGUUGAAGGAUUACUAAGUUAGACAACUGAAAGUUUAUAUUGAAAAGUUAGUUUUGUUUCAAUAUUUCUUAGAUGUAAUGUAAUCAUAUAGUUUUCUUUAUAAUGGAAGACCAUCCAAAGGGGAUGAAAGUUCUGAAUGUUUUGACAAAAGCUCAAGCCUCAAUAAGAAUAUGUAACUAUGUAAGUUCCCAGAAAUAAUCUAU